AUGGAGUUCGUUUUGCUUCUCGACGAGCAUCUUCAGGAAAGGAGGCGUAGAAGGCCUAGAGAACAAACGAGGUUAGUUUUAACUGAGGUGAAUGAAACAGUGGCGGAACAGGAAACUCCAAAUAAGGAGAGCAGCCCUGAUGAGAUGCUCAUAAUGCAAAGAGGGCCUAGACGGAAGCCCAUCACUUGGUCGCCAGUCGACUACGAUAAAUUCGUGGUUUUUGGUGGGUCCAGGGGAGAAAAAACACCAGAGCCUGUGGUGGUCAGCCCAGCAAGACCAGAUAUGAACCCCAAGAUACGAAGGAGGCUCAUUAUGACCCCUGAGAAGACGUCAAGUGAUUUGGGGGAGGUUAUCGCGAAGAAAUUGCGAUCUUUGCAGGGUUUUGGAGACAGCUCUCAGUAA